UGCGAGCGCGAGUCUCGGCCGCGCGCUGAGCUGAGACGAGAAUGCGGGCAGGCGCGGGCGCGGAGCGGGCGGCGGGCGCAACAUGAGCCUGAACGCGUCGGACCCGUCGAUCCAGGGCUGCGACUCGGAUCUGGGCGUAGAGGAGUCCGACAAGCUGGUCCGGUUCGUGGUACACGGCGUGCUUCUCAACGCGAUAGGCGCCGGGGGCCUGCUGGGCAAUGGGCUCUCAGCGCUCGUGCUCUCCCGGCCGCAGAUGCGCUCCUCCGUCAACUGCCUACUGGUGGGGCUCGCCGCCUGCGACACCGUCCUCAUACUCACUUCCAUUCUACUUUUCGGUCUCACGGCCAUAUAUCCGUACACUGGACGGCUACGUUACUACUAUUACCACGUGUGCCCGCAUAUAACUCCGUACGCCUACCCUAUCGCCAAUGCGGCGCAGACCAUGUCAGUAUAUCUCACCCUGAUCGUCACCGUGGAGCGAUGGGUUGCCGUCUGUCAUCCAUUUCGAGCCAAAGCGCUGUGCACAUCGUCGAGAGCCCGCUGGUAUGUGCUCGGGACGGCGGCUUUCGCUCUCGCUUACAAUGCACCAAAAUUUUUCGAAGCGGAAGUGUACACCAGCGUCGACGACGGCGACAUGAUCUAUUGCGUGAGACCGGACUGGGAAUUCCGUACGGAGGCUUACGUCGCAAUCUACAUUCAUUGGAUGUACCUGAUCGUCAUGUACAUCAUUCCUUUUUCCGCGCUCGCCGCGCUCAACGCCUGCAUCGUCCGACAGGUGCGACGCGCCCAAGCCGAGCGCGCGAGGCUGUCGCGCGUGCAACGCCGGGAGAUCGGCCUCGCCACCAUGCUGCUGGUCGUCGUGCUCGUCUUCUUUCUGUGCAACUUGUUACCGCUGGUGACCAACUCCUUCGAGCUGUUCUUAGAGAACCAGCUAGAGAAGCUGGAUCCGCUGGUGAAGACCAGUAAUCUAAUGGUGACGAUCAACAGCAGCGUGAAUUUCGUCAUAUACGUCAUAUUCGGAGAGAAAUUUCAGCGAGUAUUUUUGAAAAUGUUCUGCGCCGGAAGGCUACGGCGCCGCGACUCGCCCGAGCACACGCGCGACGACUCGUUCGCGUCGUGCGGCGAGCGCGUCUCGAUGCGCAUGACGCGCAAUGGCACCUUGCGCCGCUCGGAGGUGCGCGCGGCGCGGCCGGCGGGUGGCGGAGGCGGGGGGGCGGCGGGGCGGCCGCGGCGCGCACCCUCCCCCGCACCCACCGUGUACUAUCCGGCGCCGCUCACUGACGUCACCAGCGCCUCGCUGCAAUCCGACACGCUGCCGCCCUCCGCCGCGCGCUGGAACGGACACGCACGAGUGCACUUCUAGAUGGUGAAUCGAAAAUGUUUGCAAGAAUACGAAUUAUUUACUGUUAAAUAUAAAUAUGAUCAACAGAUUAUUGGUAGGUAUCUUCUUAAUCGAGUCACGACAAACCCAGUGGUCGUGACAUGAAUGUGAACUAAGUGAACCUUCGUAGACGGUUCUAUAUAUAUAUAUAUAACUCUGUGUUGUGAUGAAAGACAUCGAGUGCUCGUCCGCGUCCGACCGUCAGUGACGUGACACGUGUAUGUGUAUCAAUAUGUACAUAAAUAUAUAAACAGUGAACCAUUGGAGCGUGUACACUAAACGAACCUAGCGAACAAGUACGAAGUGAACAAUAAAAUAAGAACGUACUCGUUGUAUUGUCACAAAUAUUUAUUAAUCAUUCUGCUGAUGAGAAUCAUUGUGUAAAUAGUGAUAUAUGUAAAGAUUACUGUUCAAUACAAAAAAUACUUCAAUGUGUCGAUAGCUCUAAGAGUCAAAUGCGACCUAAUAAGAUAAAUAAAUAAUUUAAUUGUGUCUCUAAUUUUAUUUACCAAGUAAUCAUUCUUAGGUACACAAUACAUAUACAUACAACUUACCUUUAUAAUGUUAGUAAGGUUUAUUAUCCUUACUAAUAAUAUAAAUGCGAAAGCAACUACUG